AUAAGAUGACAACAACGCUGCACUGUACCAGUUUUAUUUGCGUAAUGAGUGCAUGAAGAACACCUGAAAGGAUUCAUUUUGACAGAUCAGUCUUUUAGUUUGUUGCUGAAAUGAAAGAUCGAAUGUUCCUGACCCUCACUGCUGUGAUUGUGCUCCUUCUAAUCUUUUUCCUAACUUCAUUUGAUGCACAGGAGAAGGCACAAAAUGUUCUCAGGUUCAAUAAAAUUCACACAAAAUUCACAACAGGCACAGCUAAAGUAGUACCAAAGUGCAGCCUUUCUGCAGUCUGUCCCUCGGACCACUUUGCUUUUAAAAUCUGGAGUGGAGCUGCUAAUGUAGUUGGUCCAAAAAUCUGCUUUGAUGGUAAAAACAUUAUGAGUCACAUUAUGAACAAUGUGGGACCAGGACUAAACACUGUGGUGGUAAAUGGUGAGAAUGGAGUUGUAGAAAAGUUUGGCUAUCUUAACAUGAUUAGUGGAAACUCGACAGACAUCUUGGCAUACCUGAAGGAGAUAAAACCAGGAAUGAUUGUGCUGGUGGCCUCCUUUGAUGAUGCAGCAACAAAGAUGACAGAGGAAAUAAGGCAGAUGUUUGUCGAGAUGGGAAGCACUUUGAUCGACUCUGUUAAGCAGAGAGACAACUGGGUGUUUGCUGGAAGAACGGGGAUAAAAAUCAAAAGCUUCUUUGAGCAGAGAGCUGAGAAUGAUAACAAAACAAACAUUUUCGAUGGAUGGCCAGAGAUGGUGGAGGUGGGCGGCUGUUUCCCAAGAACCACAAGUGUCUAAAAGUUUUCAUAAAUGGACUUUGAAGAUUUUCUUGCAAAAGACUUGAAGCUAUGGAAAGUAUUUUAUUCUGCAGAAGUAAACAAAACACUCUAAAUGCAUGCUUACCCUUUCUUACAUAGUGGCCGCUGCAGUGGGCAACCACUCUAAGUCCACAUAAACAUUAUUAAAAAACAUAAAAACAUAAACCAGGUGGAACGUAAUGCUGGACACUUGGCGAAUGUUUUGGCUGUCCCUCUGUUGUACAAA